GCAAACCGACCUCCCGCUGAAAUCCGGGGACGCAAAAUAAUCUCUUCCCCAUCAGUUGCUUUCAGUCAUCCCGCGUCUUCUCUUCCUAACAAACAACAGGGAAGAAAGAAGAAUCUUUGAAAUCUCCUUCAAAAGCAAGAAGAAAAGCUGCUGCUGAUGGGCGAUGACAAAUCGGCGAUUCCGAUGGCGAGCAGAGAUCGAGAGCUCCUCAUCCAAGUCAUGGAGUCCGGUGAAGUCGAUGCCGAAUCCAAAGCCUCUUCCUCGUCCACCCCUUCCUCGCACCAUCACUCUGGUAGAGAGGCAUUUUUUAAAGUUGUUCGAAGCUGGGCUUCAAAAAAUUUCAUGACAGGAUGUGUUAUACUGUUCCCAAUAGCAUUCACUUUCUACAUCACCUUUUGGUUUAUACAAUUCGUGGAUGGGUUUUUCUCUCCGAUCUACGCUCAGCUUGGAAUCAACAUCUUUGGACUUGGUUUCCUAACCUCCAUAACGUUCAUCUUCUUGGUCGGGGUGUUCAUGUCAUCAUGGUUGGGGGCAUCAGUUCUUGGCCUAGGCGAAUGGUUUAUCAAGCGUAUGCCAUUUGUUCGUCAUAUUUAUAAUGCUUCCAAGCAAAUCAGUGCAGCCAUUUCUCCUGAUCAGAACACUCAAGCCUUCAAGGAAGUUGCUAUCAUUAGACAUCCACGUAUUGGUGAAUAUGCAUUUGGAUUUAUCACUUCAGCUGUCGUUCUUCAGAGUGAUUCUGGGGAAGAGGAGCUCUGCUGUGUUUAUGUACCCACCAACCACCUUUACAUCGGUGAUAUAUUUCUAAUCAACUCCAGAGAUGUAAUUAGACCAAACUUAUCUGUUCGUGAAGGAAUCGAGAUUGUUGUUUCUGGGGGCAUGUCGAUGCCUCAGAUCCUGUCAACGUUGGACUCACAGACAAUACAGGUGGAUAGAACUAGAGCUAGCAGAAGCUGAAUCUUGAGAGAGAUGGAGGGUCGUGCCUUGUAUUUCUAUUCCCCCCUUUGGUUUGAGCUAUCGGAAGCAUCUGCACGGUUUGAUUUUGUCAGUUUUUCGGGUUCCCAUAUUUGGCUGGAUUCUGAUAGCAUGUAACAUUCUGUUUUCUGGUUUUCACCCUGGUGCUGGAAAGUUGUAGGCAGAAGAGGCUAAGAAUUGUAGGUUGGUGUGGUGUGGGCCUUUUUGAGUAAAUUUUCUAGUAGAAAACUCUUUUCAG